AUGUAUGGAUGUCAAGAAUUUGACGAGAAUGAUUAUCUUGUAAUUGUUCAAAACAGAAAUUCUAAACCAAUGCCAUGGAUAGGUCUAUAUGUUGCAGCAGCCUCUUUCAUUUGCUUGCUUGCUGUGGCUGCUGAUGUUUUACUAGGUUCCUGUAGGAAAAAACUAUGGUUCCCAUGCAAAUAUUUUUCUCUUAACGCCGCUACUCUGACAUUGUUGGCUGUGGCAAUGAAGCUUCCUUUGGAUCUCAAUACGACGAUGUGGCGCGCUAAUGAUGAGCAAACUAAGCUUAGCAGCACCCUUCUUAUGUCUACUCUGAUGGGUAAUUUUAUCAUAUCUUUGGGAUCCAUGGAGAACAAAGAUAUCUUAGCAAAUGUUAUUGCCUUAACUAUACUCCUCAUCACAAUCAUUGUGAACAUCUGCAUCCAAAUAAGUACCGGCGUAGUUGACUUCUCUUUCUGGGCAGAGGAAAUUUCAGCUAUUAUAUUCAUGCUUGUUUUGUUCCUGACAUUCUUUUCUUGUGCUUUGACAGUGCCAGUGAUUAAGAAACAUUUAGAAUCUAAGUAUAAUGAAAUACAUCAAGUAGCUUCAAUCGAAGAACUGAUGGAAGAAACUGGUAGCCUGCAAUUUGUGAUCGCGCGUUCAGUAACCAGCACAAUUACAGAUUAUAAGUGGUCAACAGUGUGGAUUUUGGAUAUUCAGAUUAUUGGGGUGGUAAUAGGAACUGUUGCCCCUUUAUUUAGAUGGUUCAUUGCUGUCAAAUUCAAAUGCUUAGAGGAAGUGAGAAGAAACUUCAAAAAUGAAUUUGUAGUAGAACACUAUUGGAGAGAAAAGCUAGAGGAGUGGAAAGGAAGCUCCAUUCCGCUGCAGAUUCGCUGCCGAAGGCAUCGAAAAGUUCUUCAUGGCAUAAAACAUAUAGUCUUAGAUCUAUGCAUUAGGCUUCAGGUCAUAGUUAUUUUAGGUAGCAAGUUAGUUCUCUUUAUAUCUGUUUGGUUAAUGGGGCUAAUUAUUUCUUGUUUUUAUCACAUCAAAAGAUUCAAGUUGAAUCUCAGACCUGGAUCUGAAGCAACUACUCAAAGUAGACCGACAUUAGAUCCCAGUAUGGAGUUGGAUCUUAGCAACUAUGUCAUGCUACUUGAGGGUGAGGCUCCAUUGCCAAGAAAAGUCCUGAUAAACAUUAAAGGUGAGGUGGAUGAACUGAUCCACAAGGGAAAAAUGAAUCGGCCACAAAAUCUCAUUGGACUACUAAGGAAAAUGAGCAGCUUUAGUGGGGUGAAAGGAUUCGACAGUAGCCAAGUACCAAGUCUGCAAUCCAAAGAACCCCCUAAUUCUUGGACUUUGCCAGUUGUGACGCUAGCCAGUAUUGCCAUGUCCAUUUCAUCCGUCAGAAGUCAAGAAGUUGAGCUGUUAAUAAGGAGUAUGAGUGAAAGUCUGUCAUAUGCAAGAUUAGUUGAGAGUAUGGAGAAGAAAACAGGAGAAUGGAGAAGCAUAAAAAAUGCAGCUGACACUGUGUGGGUGGGAGUUGAACUGCACCAGAAGUGGCUGGAAGAGGAUCUUGAGAGAAUCAACCGAGAAGGGAAAACCUGCAAAGAGAUUGUACAAAGUCUUGCUAAUGUAGCUAAAAUGAUUGUCAUGGAGUUCAAGGAACAAGUAGAUGGAAGAAUGACAGAGAACCCUCUUUUCUGGCCUCCAAGGGUCAUAGCAGCAAAUUCCAUGUAUAGGAUCAGCCAAACUAUAUUACUAGACAAUGAAAUUGGCGACUUUGAGGGAGAAUCGCACUUGUUUGAGAAGAUAUCAGUUUUAAUUGCAGACAUAUUGGCUGCUUGUUUCACCAACUUACCUAAAGUUAUUGUUAGCAACUGUCGCUGCAAUUCCAUUGAGGCGAGAGAGAGGAGCGUCCGUCGUGCAGCCCUCCUACUGGGUGAAACUGAAGAAAUUCUCAGCUUUCUUCAAUACCAUGAAUUUACAGGUUUGAGUCCUGAUCAAGCAGCAUGCAUUGAUGAAUGGCGUCUGAGGACGUGGCAGAUAAGUUCAUUAGCUCCCGUUUCUACAAUUAACAACGAAACAGUUCAAUCCAAUGAGCACGUAGUUAUAUCAAUCCAAUGA